CGUAAAGCAGCAGCAGGAUGUUCGCAGGCUCAGGCUGUGUGCAAGGAAACAUGAGCAGGCGCAGAUAUUCAGAGUCCCGGGCCGCCGGAUAAAACCGGAGGAGGAGACGGCGGUCCGGGUGGUUCGAGCUCAGAAACUCAGGCGGGGAACAUGUGAGCGGGGCAUGGGCGGCUGGGAGCAGGAUUAUUGUUCAGCACAGCCGAGAGACGCAGGAGGGAGCCGGGAAAGGAGAGACGCGGGGACAGAGUUUUUCCUCCACACACCUUUUGAAUUUGUGCGCAGCAGAGGGAGAGAUCUGCGGACCGAGCGGCCAAAGAUGAACACCAUGGUGUUUACCAAGCUGAGCAGCCAGGUCCUGUUCGAGGAGAAGGCGAAGGAGGUGGAAAUGAGCAGCAGAAAUUACCUGGAAGUCAUCGACGGCCAACAUCCAGAUCUCCUCUGCAGAAGCCCGGCCAUCAGAGACAACCAGGCGGUCAGACACAGGCGGAGCGGGGGUCGUCCCAGCGGGGGCAAAGUGCGUCACAAGCGCCAGGCCCUGCAGGACAUGGCACGGCCGCUCAAGCAGUGGCUCUACAAGCACAGAGACAACCCCUACCCGACCAAGACGGAGAAAAUCCUCCUGGCGCUCGGCUCGCAGAUGACUCUGGUCCAGGUUUCCAACUGGUUUGCCAACGCCAGGAGACGCCUGAAGAACACAGUGAGGCAGCCGGACCUGAGCUGGGCGCUCAGGAUCAAACUCUACAACAAAUACGUUCAGGGCAACGCAGAGAGGCUGAGUGUCAGCAGUGACGGCAGCUGCUCAGAAGAUGCAGACAACCCCCAGAGGACACAGAGUGGUCCUGAGGAUCUCAGCAAACCCUUGUACCAGAGCGUCAUCAAGAAGGAGGGCUCCUCCAUGGUGGGCAUGGCCAUAGGUAUGGAUCCAGGGCUGCGUUCUGCCGUGGAGUCCGCCUCUCUGGCCGAGGACUACGUGUCUCCGCCCAAGUACAAGAGCAGCCUGCUGCACCGCUACUUGAACGACUCUCUGCGGCACGUCAUGGUGGCCAACGCCGUCAUGGACGCUCGCAAGAGGAACCACUCUGGCUCCUUCAGCUCCAACGAGUACGAAGAUGAGCUGCUGUCUCCGUCCUCCUCUGAAGCUGAGGCCAACUUGGUUUAUGGAGCCGAAACCACAGACCAUGGAUCAAGUAAAUGUGACAAUGGCAGCGGUGGUGUCGCAGCUACGCAGGAGGAGAAGGUGAAGGCCAAAGAUGAGACGUACUGGAAGGAGAUGAACGCCGCCAUGGCCUUGACCAACCUGGCACAGGGGAAGGACAGCGUCUCCGGGACAACCAGCUGCAUCAUCCAGAAGUCCUCUCAUAUAGCUGAGGUGAAGACUGUUAAAAAAGCUGCUGCUGCUGACGUUUUAGCUCUGACGUUAUCCGUCUAUGCAAAGCAGCAAACAUUCCUCUCUCAGCAAACAGAGGCCAAAUAAACUCCCCCUGACAGAAGAUCUAAUGGUGCUGAAGGAGCAGAAUGGAGGAGCUUAAAGUUGAAACAUUCAACAUUUAGUCUUAUUGAAAAUGUCCAAAAGAUGACUUGACCGUCCUUUUUUUAAAACAAGAAACUUUUGUAAUAUUAUUUUUUAUGCGUCUUUUUUAUGUGUAUUUUUUACUGGUACAGAUUUUGUAUUCUCAAAGGUGCCUUUGUGUUUUUAGCAGAUCAGCUCACUGAUUGUUCAGAUAUACAACAACCAGAACCUGAAUGUUCUGAAAUAAAAGUCUGGAACAGUGAAGCUUCACUGCAGCUCCAACUUUUAAACAUGGAGGUUCUGUUCCUUCCUGUAUGAACCUUUAUAGCCUUAAACAUGUUUUGCUGUUGCCUGGAUGUUUGGGUUUAUGUUUCUGAUCCAAACUCUUCCUCCUGACUGACCCAAUAUAUGCAGGUCUUUAAGGUUCUGUUCACGUGUGUCGUAAUGGACACGGUUUCAGAAAUAGUGCAGUUUGGGUUUUAUGGCCGUCAGACUGUUGUUGUGAUCAGAGACUCAGAAAUAAUGAAGCUGCAGUUACUUUGUUUACAUGUGUUGAAUGUGGAAAACAGUUUAAAAAGCUCCGCAUAGAGUUCCUGGUUGGGGACGUGUUUUAACACCAUGAUGAAGGAAAGUCAGAGUAAUGAAGGACAAAGUUACAUCAUUUCACUUGGUGGGAUUAUAGAAGGACCAUGAUCUGUCCAUAUUAUUUAAUGAUCAGUCAACAGAACCAUGUUUGGGUCGACAGUAUAAUACAGUAAAUAUGUCAGGAAGGAGGAGAAUUGAGGCCAAACAAUGAAGCUUCUUCCAAUCAUGUGGAGUAAAAGGUUCUGUAUCAAUGAACAGAAGUCAUGGUCUAUGAUCCCGACCAGAACUGAUGCUUUAACAGGAGAACCUUGUUCCCCAACAACAGAUGAGUCAUUGUGGGCAUUGUAGCAUCAUACAGUAUAUCAGGACAUGUAGGGAUGAAAUAUUAACUUUAUGACGUUGCUAUAACUUCUAUUUAUAUCAAACAAUAUCUAUAAAAACAUAUAUUUGUUUAUUCUGAUGGAGACUGGAUGUUCAGUCCAAUGACCAAAUACAUUUUUCCUUGUGUCGUCUGGUUUGUUCCCAUGCCAGAUUUCUUUCAUAAAACUGUUACUUUGUACAGCAGUGAAUAAACCUCUGAAUGAAA